ACUCAGUGAGCAGGAAGGCAACAUGGAGGUCACAUCUCUCUGCUUCAGACUGUUGAUGCUUGAAUUUACUCUGCUGGGGACAAAAGUUCAGGACAGUUGUACUCAGAAUAGUGAUGCAGAUUUUCUUCAUAUCAGUCCAAACAGACUUCAACACUUUCAGUUAGAAUCUAUCUCUUUUCAAUGUACGGUGGGUUUGCUUCGCUUGAGACGGAUCACAGACAUUACAGACUCUGAUCCAAAAUGUGAUACUACUGAGAAGACGUCGACAGGAUCCUCUUGCAAAUUUGAUAGAGCCUUUUCAACAGAUAGUGGAGCAUACUGGUGUGAGACUGAAGGAGGACAGCAAAGCAACAGUGUCAACAUCACCGUCACUGCUGGCUCUGUGAUUUUGGAGAGUCCUGUCCUUCCUGUUAAAGAUGGAGAUGCUGUGACUCUACACUGCAGAAGCAAGACAUCUAUCUCCAACUUCACAGCCAAUUUCUACAAAGAUGACGUCCUCAUGGAGAGAACGCCUGCAGGAGAAAUGAUCAUUAAUAAUGUUAAACUGUCUGAUGAAGGACUCUACAAGUGCAGCAUUCCUGAUGUUGGAGAAUCACCUGGCAGCUGGCUGGCUGUCAGAGGUUCAGCAAAUCCUGUUUCUAUCACCUCUACACCCCCUCAUAACGAGACCCUUCAAAAUGACUCCGACUCCCCUCAUGUGUUCAUCCUGCUGUUGGUUGCUGUCACCAUUGUGACGAUGGUUCUGGUGCUGGUGGUGGUGGGAUUUCUUCAUCUUAGGAAACGCAGAGUGUCUGGGGAUGAUGUUGCAGACGAUCCUGAUGCUGUGACAUAUGCAGUCGUCGUCACAAAACAGAGGACGAACACAGACAAGGAUGAGUUCUCACACCAACUCGUCUACUCUGCUGUGACCAUAAGUAAGACCCCCAAAGCUCCUGAACCUGCUUCUUCAGCAGAACCAGGAUUAUCCAGCUCCACAGCAGCCACAGACCCAAAUUCAACAGAGUCAGACGUUCUGUAUUCUGCUGUUCAGAUGGUCAAAAAGACACCUGAGUGAAGAAGAGAAGAGAGACUGUUGUGUUAAUGUCUGCAGAAGAAGAAGUAACAAAUAAUAAUUGCAGAUUUGUUUUAAAGUUGUAUUUGUAUAUUUUUAUAGUCGGGAUAUGCACGAAAAUAUGUUUUUAAAAAGUUUUUAACAUCAUCAAUUUAUAAAAAACCUGAAAUCCAACAUGAUUUUACAUACAUAAAGCUUUUACGUAUCACAGUGUUGCAUCAUUGUUUUGUGUAUUGUCUUUGACAAAACUUAAAUAAAUGUAAUAAUCAUGUACACUUGCAACCAUUUCAAAACUUUAAUAUGUUUUACAUCAAACAAGAUUGUAAUGCAGUUAGAUCAGGUCAGACAGACAGACACACACACAAGUUAUUUGCUUCAUUUUAAUGCAGGGAAAACGUGUUUUUUUUUUUUUUAUCUAAGAGACUAGAGAGACUAACUAUUACAAUUGUCACAUAGAAACCAACCCCUUUAGACAAAAAGAGCUUCGGUAAUCAUGUAUGAAAAUAAAAUUCUCCUACAACAACAUGAGUGCAGUCUGUUUAAUGCUGUCACAGGCUGUCCUCUGCACUGAGAAUGUGUUUUUUACUCUUA